UUUUCCAAUUUUGUCUUGUCUCAUUUCUUAUUGGUCUCAUUCAUUCUCUCCAUUCACCACAUUCACAACUCAUGUUCUUUCUCCUUCUCUCUUUUUCAAUACUAUUUUAAUCAUAUUACUCCCAUGUGCCUCAUCCCCAUGGCAGACAACUCGACUUUUGAUACUUUAUGUGCAGAUUUUGAAGAUAUUGCAGCCGCGGAUCUCAAAGGAACAGCCUCAAAGUUACUAGGCAAACAAUAUCUUGAGCAAGUAACCGAUAAAAGGAGCCAAAAGCUUGUCAGGGGUACAACUAUGGGUGCUAGUCUACGGCCGAUCAUUUCACUACACGUUCAGAUUUCAGAUGCGAUUACAACCAUGUCUGGUACUCCCAUGCCAGUUAAUGUGCACUUCCUUUACUUAGCCGUAUCUCCUCAAACAUAUAUGUCGGAUGAAGCUUUAAGGUCUAUUGGUGUAGAGGAUAUUGUUGUUGUGGGCGAGGUUAUGGACGAGACAAAGUCGAUGCGCAUACCACUUCUGAUCAAUGGGUACUUAGUUCAUGUGCUUAGAUCGCCCGCCGAUUCACAUUUUGCACAUAUCAACAUUUUAGGCGAGGACUUUGUGUAUGCUACGAGGGCACGCGUAUACCUCGGAGGAGACCCGCCGACUUUUGCGAUUGCCUUUCCCUUAACUUCACAAUACCGUGUUUGACAUGGCCUUUCCUCUUCCAAUCCUUCAAUAUGUAUCUAUUUUAGUUCCCUAUUAUUUUUGCUUUGUCUUUGUUUUUGUUUUUGUUUCUGUUUUUGUUUUUUUUUUGCUUCCUUGUGUC